AACCCGGAUGCCAGCCGCACCAAUGUGUCGGAGGAAACACAGUGCACCUGCCGACUGUGUCAGCGUGCACUACACCCGGCCUGCCACUGGAGUCACUAGUGUGCGAUGGGACAAGGACAUCCCUGCCGACUGUGUCAGCGUGCACUACACCCGGCCUGCCACUGGAGUCACUAGUGUGCGAUGGGACAAGGACAUCCCUGCCGACUGUGUCAGCGUGCACUACACCCGGCCUGCCACUGGAGUCACUAGUGUGCGAUGGGACAAGGACAUCCCUGCCGACUGUGUCAGCGUGCACUACACCCGGCCUGCCACUGGAGUCACUAGUGUGCGAUGGGACAAGGACAUCCCUGCCGACUGUGUCAGCGUGCACUACACCCGGCCUGCCACUGGAGUCACUAGUGUGCGAUGGGACAAGGACAUCCCUGCCGACUGUGUCAGCGUGCACUACACCCGGCCUGCCACUGGAGUCACUAGUGUGCGAUGGGACAAGGACAUCCCUGCCGACUGUGUCAGCGUGCACUACACCCGGCCUGCCACUGGAGUCACUAGUGUGCGAUGGGACAAGGACAUCCCUGCCGACUGUGUCAGCGUGCACUACACCCGGCCUGCCACUGGAGUCACUAGUGUGCGAUGGGACAAGGACAUCCCUGCCGACUGUGUCAGCGUGCACUACACCCGGCCUGCCACUGGAGUCACUAGUGUGCGAUGGGACAAGGACAUCCCUGCCGACUGUGUCAGCGUGCACUACACCCGGCCUGCCACUGGAGUCACUAGUGCGCGAUGGGACAAAGACAUCCCUGCCGACUGUGUCAGCGUGCACUACACCCGGACUGCCACUGGAGUCGCUAGUGAGCGAUGGGACAAGGACAUCCCUGCCGACUGUGUCAGCGUGCACUACACCCGGCCUGCCACUGGAGUCGCUAGUGAGCGAUGGGACAAGGACAUCCCUGCCGACUGUGUCAGCGUGCACUACACCCGGCCUGCCACGGGAGUCGCUAGUGCGCGAUGGGACAAGGACAUCCCUGCCGACUGUGUCAGCGUGCACUACACCCGGCCUGCCACGGGAGUCGCUAGUGCGCGAUGGGACAAGGACAUCCCUGCCGACUGUGUCAGCGUGCACUACUACCGGACUGCCACGGGAGUCGCUAGUGCGCGAUGGGACAAGGACAUCCCUGCCGACUGUGUCAGCGUGCACUACACCCGGCCUGCCACGGGAGUCGCUAGUGCGCGAUGGGACAAGGACAUCCCUGCCGGCCAAACCCUCCCCUAACCCGGACGACGCUGAGGCAAUUGUGCGCCGGCUGCGACAGAGCCUGGACUCGAACCCAGAAUCUCUAGAGGCACAGCUAGCACUGCAGUGCCUUAGACCACUGCACCACCAGGCUCAGGCAUGUCUAUAUAUUUAUCUUUAUUGUCAAAUAAUUAUGGGCAUCAUCAUGGGAUUGUCAUGAUCAGUCUUACUACAGUUCAUUACCUCCUGCGAUCAAUGGACUCAAUUUUUUUUUUUUUUUUACAUGUACAUUUUUUAUUUGUGCUUUUUGUCUUCUUUCUUGGACUUCUAGUCUAUUUAAUCAAUGAGCUGGUACAUUUUCUUUGUGACAGUUGGUGGAAAUGCACAAAGUCAGCGUGUCCUAGUUUCGUUCAGAAAAGUUCUGUAGACGUGGAUGAUUUGAUGGAGCAGGCUGGGCAGUGACUCUCAGGCUACAUCCCAAAUGUCAAGUGCCUUCCUCUCCUUGUCUACUCUCCUUCCUCUCCUCAUCUACUCUCCUUCCUCUCCUCGUCUACUCUCCUUCCUCUCCUCGUCUACUCUCCUUCCUCUCCUCGUCUACUCUCCUCCCUCUCCUCGUCUCCUCUCCUCCCUCUCCUCGUCUCCUCUCCUCCCUCUCCUCGUAUACUCUCCUCUCUCCUCGUCUACUCCCUCUCAUCGUCUACUCUCCUCCCUCUCCUCGUCUACUCUCCUCCCUCCUCGUCUACUCCCUCUCCUCGUCUACUCUCCUCCCUCUCCUCGUCUACUCUCCUCCCUCUCCUCGUCUACUCUCCUCUCUCCUCGUCUACUCCCUCUCCUCGUCUACUCUCCUCCCACUCCCCGUUGACUCUCCUCCCUCACCUCGUUUACUCCCUCUCAUCGUCUACUCUCCUCCCUCUCCUCGUCUACUCUCCUCUCUCCUCGUCUACUCCCUCUCCUCGUCUACUCUCCUCCCUCUCCUCGUCUACUCUCCUCUCUCCUCGUCUACUCCCUCUCCUCGUCUACUCUCCUCCCACUCCCCGUUGACCCUCCUCCCUCACCUCGUUUACUCCCUCUCAUCGUCUACUCUCCUUCCUCUCCUCGUCUACUUUCCUUCCUCUCCUCGUCUACUCUCCUCCCUCUCCUCGUCUACUCUCCUCCCUCUCCUCGUCUACUCUCCUCCCUCUCCUCGUCUACUCUCCUCCCUCCUCGUCUACUCCCUCUCCUCGUCUACUCUCCUCCCUCCUCGUCUACUCCCUCUCCUCGUCUACUCUCCUCCCACUCCCCGUUGACCCUCCUCCCUCACCUCGUUUACUCUGAUCUGAAAACACAAGACCGGUGAAACCAACAGCAAAAUAUAAUCAUAUUCAGAUCUGUUGUAAAAUGCACAAUAAACUGUAGAUUCAUUAAUUAGCUUGGAAGAAUGCCAGGAGAUUGACUUUAGUCUCUUGUACUUUCAUAGGUGUGUAGAUGGAGUGGAGACAAGGACAGGAAGCCACUGUAGACUAUUGAGAUGCAGCCUUGUUUUAAUUCAUAGGUGUGUAGAUGGAGUGGAGACGAGGACAGGAAGCCACUGUAGACUUGAGAUGCAGCCUUGUUUUAAUUUUAUUUUCACUCAUCCUCUGGCUGGUUCAGAUGACUAUCUUACUUUUGGAAUCUGAAGUAUUUAUAUAUCUGCACAAUGUAGGGGGAGAGAAAACAAACGAUCAAAUCUAAUCUUUAUGUGCAUGUCUUUUUCUGUUGUUUCUCUAGUUUUGGCUUGUUGUGGGUAUUGUAGAUUCAUUUUUUCAUGUUUGUCAUCGUGGUUUAGAUCAGUCUGGAGGGAUUACUGUGUGGUGGGUACUUUUAAACACCUGUUUCUCUCUGAUAAUAAUAAACCUUAUUGUGGGGA